UAAAUACUGGAGAGUCACUGUGGUCGCAGCUCCGAGCGUACGGGCCGCAUUGGAACGGAGCAAGACACAGACAAGCGUCGUAUAUUUCCCCCUGCCACAUUGGCAGUUUAAAGGGAAGAUGGACGUUUCAAUCAAGCUCUUGUCUUGGCUGUUUUUAUUCUCAAUUAUUGCUGGAGCUUUGGCCCAAAAUCAAGAUUUUGAUGAAGAAAUAGAAGAACGACCACCAUCUGCUGAUGUACAAACAGCACAAAAAGGAGAAAAAGGAGUAAAGGGACAACCUGGAGAUGAGGGACCAGCAGGACCCAAAGGGGCAAAAGGAGAUGGAGGAGAUCAAGGCCCUCAAGGAAUUAUUGGAGGAGAUGGCACAGAUGGUGAAGAAGGAGAGGUUGGCCCACCUGGACCCCCAGGACCUCCAGGGAGCAACCAGACAACUCGAGUCACCAUUUUCGGGCCACCUGGAUCAAGAGGACCUGCUGGCCCACAGGGUGACCAAGGUGGCAAGGGACCUAUAGGUGAAAAAGGAGAAUCUGGCCCACCAGGACCCAGAGGACCAACAGGGCCCAUGGGAGAAGCAGGACCAACUGGACCUGAUGGCCUUAAUGGUGCUGAGGGACCAGCUGGAGUAAAAGGAAGACAAGGACCUGUUGGACCAGUUGGUUUGCCUGGUUUGGCUGGCUCUAGUGGUGCUAGGGGUGUCAAGGGUGCCAAAGGAGAACCAGGUAGUGCAGGUGCCAAAGGAGGAAAAGGAGACGCUGGAAGGCGUGGAAAGGAUGGAGCUCCAGGUCUUGUUGGAACUAAAGGAGAGCAAGGUGAUACUGGUGCACAAGGCCCACAAGGCUACUCAGGAGCUAGAGGACCAUCUGGUGACAUUGGUCCAGCUGGAAAAGAUGGCCCAGAUGGACCUGCAGGAGCCCCAGGACCAAGGGGACCUGAUGGACCUCCUGGUGUUCAAGGACCUACUGGAGCCCCUGGUGAUGCAGGUCCAGAUGGUACUCAGGGACCUGAUGGAAGAAGGGGUGAGAGAGGAAAUCCAGGUCCAUCCGGAGAACCAGGUGCACCAGGAAACUCGGGACCCCCAGGUGAAGAUGGUGCUCCAGGAGCUCAAGGACAAAGGGGUCUUCCUGGACCUUCUGGCUUCCGUGGUAAUCAAGGUCCAAGAGGUCUGAUGGGACCACUUGGAAAGAGAGGUCCACGUGGUCCAGCAGGACCUCAGGGAGAGUCUGGUGCCCCUGGUGACACUGGUGAAUCUGGAAGCAAAGGCAACAAGGGACCAAGAGGAAUGACUGGCCCUGUUGGACAACAAGGUCCUAUUGGCAAGACAGGAAAUGAUGGCCGUCCAGGUGUUCCAGGACCAACUGGACCCCCAGGACCAAGGGGUCUUCCAGGAAACCCUGGUGCACCAGGUUUUGAUGGGUUCCGAGGAAUCAAGGGACACAGAGGACCCAAAGGUUUUCUUGGACCACAAGGAGAAAAGGGAGACAGGGGAAUUGAUGGCAAGAAAGGAGCUGGUGGAAUCCGUGGACCAAGGGGACCACCAGGUCUUCCAGGCCCUGCAGGAUUAGAAGGAAAAGAUGGACCAAUUGGUUUACCUGGUAAAGAUGGAGAAAUUGGAGCCCCAGGACAACCUGGACCCCCAGGCAUCCAAGGAGAGCCAGGAGCACCAGGGCAAAAGGGAGACAAAGGAUUUGCUGGACGUGAUGGCGAAGCUGGUUUUGAUGGUUCUUCAGGCGAAGCUGGUGAACGUGGAGCAACUGGACCUCCUGGAAAAGCAGGACCAGCUGGCAAACAAGGUGCCCGUGGUGACCAAGGAGAACAGGGACGAAGAGGAAAUCCAGGUCCAAUUGGACCACCAGGAUCUUCAGGUCCACAGGGAAGGCAAGGAAAGCCUGGAGUAUCAGGAGCACCUGGUCAGCCAGGAAAAGAUGGCGGCAUUGGAUCACAGGGUGAACGUGGAUUCCGUGGAGAGAGAGGAGCUGCUGGAGUAGAUGGUCCAACUGGAGCUGUAGGGCGCAAAGGAAGCAGAGGAAAAGCCGGUGCCAAGGGUGCACCAGGAAGUGCAGGACCUCGUGGAGACACUGGACCUCAAGGCCCAAUGGGACCAAUAGGAGAAAGAGGACGCCCAGGCCUAAAUGGUGAAUCUGGAGAUCAAGGAGAUACAGGUGCAUCAGGAGACAUGGGACGAGAUGGCAGAGACGGAGAAAGGGGUAGCCGUGGUUCACCAGGAGAACCAGGACUGCCAGGCCAAGCUGGACGACCAGGAGAAAUUGGAAAAGCAGGUCAAGAUGGCUUCCCAGGAAUCCAAGGUCCACAGGGACCUCCAGGAGAUCCAGGUCUUCCAGGAGAACAUGGCUCACGAGGACCACCAGGAAAAGCUGGACCUAAAGGAGCUUUUGGAGAGUCAGGUGCCAAGGGUCAAAAGGGAGACAAAGGACCUGCUGGUGCCCCAGGACGCAGUGGAUCCGUCGGAAAUGCUGGUCAACCAGGAAUAUCAGGAGAGAAGGGAUCACGUGGAAAGACAGGUGUUCAGGGUGCCUCUGGAGCCCAAGGACGACCAGGACCCCCAGGAGCUGAAGGACCAAUGGGUUCAGCAGGAAGCCCCGGCACACCAGGACCAGAUGGACGACAAGGACCAAAAGGUGACAAGGGCAUACAAGGCCCUGAGGGAAAAGCAGGCUCUCCUGGUAGACCAGGUCUUGAUGGUGCCAAUGGGCUUGAUGGCAACGACGGGAAAGAUGGACGAAGAGGACCAAGAGGACCUGUUGGACCACGUGGAUCUCCAGGUCGACCAGGAAAAAUGGGUUUGGCUGGACUUCCCGGUAUGCGUGGACCCCCUGGAGCAAGAGGACCAAAGGGAGAUGAUGGCUUAGAUGGACGUGAUGGUGAAGAUGGCGAGCAAGGAGAUGAGGGACCAACUGGACCACAAGGAGAUAAGGGACCCCGUGGAAAGCCCGGACGUGAUGGCGCUCCAGGAAGAAAUGGAAACCCAGGUCAAUCAGGACCACGUGGAGAUAAGGGAUCACAAGGACCUCAAGGCCCCGCUGGAAGCAAAGGUGUCUCUGGAAAGCCAGGAGCACCAGGAGCUCCAGGACCACAGGGUAAACAAGGAAAGAAAGGAGAUCAGGGAAAAUCGGGAGAGAAUGGAGCCCAAGGACCAAAAGGAACCUACGGAGUCGCUGGAGAGCGUGGUGAACCAGGAGAAAGAGGAGAUGAUGGACCAGCUGGAGCCAAGGGAGAUAUUGGCUACAUGGGUUUCAAGGGAGAGAAGGGAAUCAAAGGACCAAAGGGCUCUCGUGGAAUCCAAGGAUUCAAAGGAAAGCCAGGAGACAGGCCAGGACCCGGUCCAGAUGGAGAACCAGGCCCACGUGGUCAAAACGGUAUCCCAGGACCAAUGGGAGCUCCAGGACAAAAGGGUGUUCGAGGACCUAGGGGCCCAAAAGGCUACCCAGGCAAAGAUGGACAAAGUGGACCACCAGGACCACCAGGAACUCCAGGACAACCAGGUGCUAGCUUCCAGGCUCCAUGGGCUGGCGGUCAUAUUGGAGAAGGUAAUCUUAAAGGACCUUACGAGGGCGAAGGCGAGGAAGGAGAGGGAGAAGGAGACCGAGAAGGUCUACCCGUCAGAAACCCCUUCCUCCAAUUCUACAGAUACUAUUCAAGCGACAAGAAGAGCAAGCCCACCCCAGAGAUAUUAGAUAAGCUGAAUAACAAGUUUGUCGGCAAAUUGGCAAAGAUCCAACAGUUGGUCGAAAAAGUCGAGAAACCCGACGGAUCAAUGGAAUACCCAGCCAGAACUUGCAGAGACCUCUUUGCCUUCCAUCCCACAUCCAAGAGCGGAUACUACUGGGUGGAUCCCAACAUGGGUUGCAAGAGCGACGCAAUCAGAGUCUACUGCAACAUCACAGAAACCGAAAUCGCCACAUGUGUUUCACCAGCUGGUGGAAUGGCCGUCCAGAAAGCUCCUUGGGCUAAGAAGAUCAGAACCAGUGCACAGAAAUGGUUCGGAGAAGAUCUUGAGCUUGGAAAGAUUGAAUACAAAGCUGACGAUUCGCAGUUGGACUACCUUGGUCAUCUGAGCAAGGCUGCAUACCAAGAGGUCACUUAUCACUGCAAGAACUCAGUUGCGUGGUUCGACAGAAGCAAUGCCAACCACGACAAAUCUCUCAAAUUCAAGGGAAUGCAGAAUAAGGACUUUGGUAUCAAGGAGCCAGUUAGAUUCCAGCCACGAAAGAUCGUAGAUGGUUGCCAAACCAGGGAAAACCAAUGGAUGAAAUCUGUCUUCAGAUUUGAGGCAAGAAAAUUCAUCAACCUUCCAAUUAAAGACUUCGCCCCUGCUGAUGCUGUUGGCAAGGAAUCCAGCUUCGGUCUAGAAGUCGGACCAGUAUGUUUUGUGUAAGAAGUUUGCUGGACUUUUAUUUUACCAUUCCUAUUGAAUUUUACUCGGUUAAUAUUGUUGAUGCAUAGUAAUUAUCAAUUAGUAUUUUGUAUUGCUAUCGUAGACCCCAUCCACUGUAUUUUAUGGUCCUCCCAUGCGCGCGCUUAUAGUAAUUAAAAAAAAUGGGGAAAA